CUUAGAAACAAACGGAUUUGUUCAAGAAGCAAGUUAUCACGAACAAAGCUUUGCUGAUUCUUUAUUUCACCAUUUCAAGUUACACGACAAUCCAUAGAUACCGGGAAGUAAAAAAUAAAAAUAAAGGAUGCAAUUCAAAUGAAUGUUCUGCAUUCAAUUGCAUUAUUGGCUUUCCUUAUGAAAUCAUCGACAUGCAUGGUCCCCAAUUCACCACCAAAUCUUGAUCUGACGGUGAUAGUGUUGGUUUCUACUUCUUUCGGGCCUAUCACAGCCAUCAAUGGUACCUUCUGCUUCUCUGCAUUUCUGAUCAGUUUUGACAAACGCUCACCGCUGCAGAGCUCAGCACGAAUACCACUUGCCUUUAAUCUCUUCACCGUCUCCUUACAAAACUCAAGCUGCAAGCAAUGUGCGCAUGUGUCAAUUGAUCUAUCAAAUAAUGUUUCUAUUCAUUCAUCAUAAAAAGCUAAAAAGAAGGAAACACC